GCGUCUUCUCUUGCCCAAGCUAAUUAAGCUGUGAGAGAACACACAUGCAGUUGAGUGCUGCUAAACCUGACAUUGCCUUCUUCUCUUUCUUCCAUCUCUUUUUUCAGUCUGGGAGUCCUGCUAAGCUUGUCGAUCAGUGCCAUGUCAGGGAGCACCAUGGCUGGCGCGCCGGCCACGCCGGAAGGCGCCGGGGAUCCGUACGAGCGGCAGCUGAACUACAGCUUCACUGGGCGCGUCGCGCUCACCGUCGUCUUCGUCCUCUUCGGGCUCACCGUCGCCAUCGUCGUCAUGCGCGUCCUGCUGUACGUGCUGGUGUAUCGCUCUGGCCGAGGCGGAGGCCGCGGCAGCGGCGGCCUGGCCGCUGGCAUCUUCCGGUCCAUCAACUCGUUCGGAAGGAUCGGCAGCCGGCGGCACGGGCUGGACGCCUCCGCGCUCUCCGCGCUGCCGGUCACCGUGCACCGGAAGGAGGCCGGCUCCACCAGCGCCGCUGGGGCCGACUGCGCCGUGUGCCUGUCGGAGCUCGCGGACGGAGACGCGGUGCGGCAGCUGCCGAACUGUGGGCACGUAUUCCACGUGGAGUGCGUCGACGCAUGGCUGCGCACCAGGACGACGUGCCCUCUCUGCCGGACGGAGGCGGAGCUGUCCCAGGGCCGGGGGGACGGCAAGGCGGAGGCGGCUGCGCAGUCGUCGUCGUCGGGCACGGAGCCGCCGCAACCGACGUUGCUUGGUGCAGGAGGAACCUUGAUAGUGACCGUACAAGGUGGCUUCACGGAUACCCAGAGAGACGUGCGCGGGUAAGCAUCGGCGGCAGGUAGUCAAUCGGCAUCUCCCUUUGCCUAGCUAUAUAAUCCAGGCAUCCAGCCUCGAGGGGGACCGGAAACAAGUGUACAGUGUAACAUACUACUCUAUGUAGAACUAGAGACUGAUUGUUCCUUCAUCGCAUACUAGUAUAGUAAGUAUGUAAAGUUUUUGUAAGAGCAUCAGGUUGCAAAUUUGAGUCCACAAAUGUCCGCGGGCGUGCCCACAGAUAUUGACCGGA